AUGGCAAAGCUGUUCCUAGUCAGUGCAGCCAUGCUUGCGGCAGCCGAUCUCUGCGGCGAGGCUGACGCCAAUAUGUCAAGUGGUGCCUGUCACGCGGAAUGUGGCAUCGCAUUGCUUCAAUCCUCGGCCAGAGAAGUUCGGUCCUUGUCGCGUCCAGGGUUGUCACGAGCCCACAAUCAACAUUUCAAGUGGGAGUGGGGCAAGUCGGGCGGCUUCGUGAAGUGGAAGGAUCAUAGCAUCACUUUGGCUUUCGAUGCGCGCUUGUACAAGGUGACCCCGAACCAAGAUCUUGCUAUGAACCCUAUGACUGGGCCUGUGGUCUUGCGAGUGGUAUUUGGUGUGCUCAUCGUCUUGGCUAUCUCAAACAUCAUGGUGGUCCUCAUGCUGGUCCUCCUCGUCCCGACGACAGCUGUAGUGCAAGCGGCUUCGUCCAUUGUGUUCCAGGGGAAGAGGGGGAAGAAGGCGUCGAAGGCAGCAUCAAAGGCUUCCAUUCUGACGGAUGCGGACACGAAUGCUCCUGCACUCUUGCCCCCGCGCCAGAAAAGCUCAUGGCCGUGGACAGUAACUUUCAUCUGCGUGUUGGACCUGCUCUUGAACUUGGUGCUGGUUCUGCUAUUCGCGGGCGGAAAGUUGCAAACCCAGAACAUCCUCCCAGUCUUGAUGCUGGAAACUCUGGCUAGCUCCAUUGUCUUCUUGUGUUUCGCUAGCUGGGAUGAUCAAAGGCAUCUCAUCACGGCUUGGCAAGUCCUACAAGCCAUCCGCUUCUUUCUCCUUCGCCGUACCAUCUAUGCCCACUUUGGCACCUACGUGGCAAGCUUGCUCUUGCUUUUGCUGGUCUCAUCAGCAGGAGCGGUGGCUGAGCUCUCUGUUGAGUAUGAUGUGCGCCUGCCCCCUUUUGAGCCCAAGAAGCUGGACGUCAAUCGACCAACUCAUGGCUGGCUUGGACCUUAUGCUCAGUCUGUGCAGUCCAAAUCUCUUCGCCGGCUCAUCACCGGAGUUUUUUUCAUCGCCGAUAUGCUGAAGUAUGUCCUUUUUGUGUACUUUUUCACUGAUGGGCCUGAGAAUGACACAGCGCAGGUCAGUGAUGGCACCUUUUAUCAGCUUGCUGCGGCAUCGAUGCUCCUCCAAUGCGCGCUUACAUUCUUGCCGGCCGUGACGCAGAUUCAUGCUGCUGUCAUCCAGAUGAAGACGUGGUGUGAGCAUGAGCCGCUCCUGAGAGCUUACAGGACGGGUCCUUAUGAAGUGUCCGCCCUGGCGAACGACCAGAGUCCUGACUCAGAUCUUCAAAAGCAACUCCAAGACCACCAAUGCCGUUCUAUCACAGUCGUUCUUCCCGCAUACAUGCCCAAUGAGGAGGAUAUCGUGCUGGAUUGCCUGGAAGUCUACCGACAAGAGGCGGCGAAGUAUCCAGGCAUUCUGAGGGUACUACUUGUAUGGAACUCGCCUCAGGAGCAUACUUGGAUUGAACAGAAGCUGCAAGAACUCCAGGCAGAGUGGCCGGCUUUUGAGGCACAUCGCAACCACAUGUCAACAUCGAAAUGCGACAACUUGAAUAUGGCUGUAGACUUGCUCAGAACCGAGUUUGCCCUCUUCAAUGACGUCGAUACCAUGGUAUCUGCCGAAAGCAUGUGCCGGGCUUCUUUGCGAUUGUUCGAAGAGGGCCACGACACCGUGCAAGCACGCCUGGUGCAUUGCUGGGAGGACUUUGCCGGCAUCACAGACAAUGGAUUCUUCGCCCUUGGGGCAAUCACCACCUGCCAUGAUGCCGUCCGUCAUUCCGUGAACGAAGUCAUCUACGGGCCAAUGCAGAUGCCCUUCUGCAACGGCCGAGGGUCAUUCUGGCGAACAGAUGCCAUCAAAAAGGUCGGGUUCGAUCAUCGCACGGUCGGGGAAGAUCAUGAUGCCAUGUUCCGUGCCUGGGCCUACUAUGGCAUGAAAGGUGCUCUUGACGACAACAUCCUGUGUCAGGAGCGUGAGCCGCCAGACUUUCAGAACUUGGUGAAUCAGCGUACUCGCUGGUACAGCGGACAAAUCCAAAAGCUGCGAUGUAUGACAUGGUUUCUCCGCUCCACACACAUCUCGGCAUUCUUCAAGAUGGUCGUCGUCUACUUGGACUGGGUCGACAAACCGUUUCAGGGCUGGGCAUUUAACCUUUUCAUGUGGGUGCUCGGCUACAUGUUGAAAUCGCGAGCAUGCGCGUUCAACCCACUCAUGGUGACAACCGUCAUGGGCACCACUGUCGUCCUACCACUCUUCGUUGUGGUGCUCCUCGUUGCGCCAAUGGCGAUCCAGAAAGCUGCGUCUCUACUUGAGACACGCUAUCGUCCUCGUUGGCUCGCCUGGAUCCUGGUCAGUUUCAUCUCACCAUGGGCUUACAGCGCAAUGAGAGAGACAGUUUGCCGCUGCCGCAUGCUGCAUGAUUUCUUGUGGAGUGGGGACGUGGAGUUCAUAUGCACUACGAGGGACAAGACGCCCUCCCGUUCCCCCUCAGUCAUGUCCCCAGCCUCACAUAUGUCGCCCAGCACCUCCUUCCACCAUGGCUUUGGGGGCUCGGCUUCGCAACUGGUGCUGUCGGACUCGGGAGAGCGCUUCACCGCUUCACAAUGA